AUGCCGCCCCGAAAGAGCGGCGCCUCGACGGCAGCCAGUGCACCAGACGCCGUCAAUGGCGACGUAUCAAUGGUCUCGAAUGCCACCAACGCCGCGACGACUUCACCUACUCAGCACGUGCACGCGCACACGCAUCCCAAACAGUCGCGGCAAUCAGGCGGCGGAGGGGGGUCAGGGAAGCAACAAGACGACGGUGUUGGCAUUGAUGACCUCCUCCUCCCGCGCUCGCUGAUAUCCCGGCUCGCGCGCGGCUCGUUGCCCCCGAACACGUCCCUGCAAAAGGACGCCCUCCUUGCGCUGACACGCUCGGCCACCGUCUUCGUCUCCUCCCUCGCGCACCACGCCAACGAGCAGUCCCAGCUACGCCAUCGUAAGACGCUGGGCGUACAAGACGUGUACGUCGCGCUGCAGGAGAUGGAAAUGGCCGGGGUGAUGGAUCUGGCCGCGAUCGGGCAGGACGGGCGACAGGGCGGCCGGUUAGAACGCGAAGUCGCGGCGUAUGAGGAGAGCGUGAUGAAGAAGCGGAAGGGGUAUAGAGAGAAAGUCAAGGCAAGGGAGUCCGCGGGUGGUGGUGGUGGGGAAGAGGAUCGGGAUCGGGGCGAGCCCAGUAGCAAGAAACUCAGACGGACUAGCCACGAAGAGGACGAGGAUGAGGACGAGAGGAUGCUGGAGCAGCAGUUGAAUGGGACGGCGGGGGUCGAGGUGGAUGCUCCGAACGUGAAUGGAAGGUCCGAAGACGAUGCGACCUCUCUCUCCGGGCUCGGGAAUGGAAAAGAAAAGGCCAUCACAGCAUCGCGUGGACAGCAGGACGAAGAUGAAGACGUCGGCGAUGGAGAUGCAGAUGAUGCCGGGGACGACGGUGCCGAUGGCGAUGGCGCUGGCGAUGAAGAAGACGACCAGGACGAUGACGAAACGGAAGAUGACGAGGAUGAGAACGAGGAUGAGAAUGACAACGCAGAAGACGACGACGUGGCAGACAAUGACGACGUUGAUGACGCCCGGCUUACGAACGGUCGAAGGAGAGGUCUCCUGCCUAACGGCGAGGUCGAGAUCGGGAGCGACGAGGAGAGCGAUUGA